AUGCCCAAGUCUAAAGAAUCGAUAAACCAGGACGUGGGUUCGCGUGUGGAAAGUUCAUCGGAGACGGAGAAGCCUCUGCCGCCGUCCAGCAACGUCGGACUGGUUCAAACGGCUGGGAUGCCGGGUGAUGGAUGGAGCGGCUCAUAUGCAAGUUCAGUGACCGUUGGCAAUAUGAUUAAAGCAAAGGCAAUAAAGCCAUUUUUGUUGAAAGAUUACUUGUUGGAUGACUUUAGUUCAUGUUCAUCAAAUGGAUUCAAAUCAUUUCCAAGAAGACAAUGUUGCGCCACUGUUCGAUUCCUCAUCGACAUUGACAAGAAAAACAUACCGCCACCGCCCCUUUUGAAGACCCCCUCAAAAUCUGCUUCGUCGACAGCUCUGAAUUCAGCUUUUCAAUGCGUCAUCAACGCCUUGAAACACCUCCCAUUCGCUCCCUCCGCCGCCGCCAAGUCGCUGACGGCGAUCCUCAAGAGAAGUUUUUGGAAGAGAACAAGUAGUCAUAAAGAAAUCGAAGGGUGGAAAUCACUUGAUCAUUUGGUGAAGAAGAAGCCUGGGCAGUUCAGUUCAACAAGUGAAAGCAAUGACAGUAAAAGUAAAACAACCAGCUUGUCGGAUAGUGAUAUUACUGCCUCAGACGAUUCUUUACAGUUUUCGAUUGAGGUGAGAAACAACGACGUAGCUGAGAAGAAGGUGGUUGCUGUAACAAACGACGCCGUAUCUAUGGACUCAACCACCAGUAGUGAGGCCAGUGCCAGUACCAACUCUAAUCAAACAAAGAUCACGCUAUAUGUGGAUUAUUAG